GUGGGAUAUUGUCCGUCUUUUGCGUGUGUUUCCCAGGUAUCUGCAAGGGUGUUCCUAAGUGUUUCCUCCAUCGCUAAAUCCAGCUUUUCUUGUGUCCUUGCAGUGAGAGGCAGAGAGCAGCAGAAGCCAGCAGAAGCCAGGGCGAUUAAAGAGUCUGGACUGGCUCCAAUGCCCGGCAAUUUUGCACCAGGAUGUUCUCCGCAGAAAGGCACCAGGAACCAUGCCUUGCUCGAGGCCGCCGGACCAAGCCACGUGGCGAUCAACGCCAUCUCGGCCAACAUGGAUUCCUGCAGCAGUCGCACAGCCGCCCUUAAGAAGCAGCCCAGCCACAUGGAAGCUGCCCAUUUUGGAGACCUGGGCCGCUCCUGCCUGGAUUACCAAGCUCAAGAAACCAAGUCAAGCCUUUCGAAGACGCUGGCGCAAGUCCUGCGCAACCCCGUGGCCCUCCCGUACUUUACCCAGUACAUGGAGCUCCACCGCAUGGAACACUUGGUCCGAUUCUGGCUGGAAGCCGAGGCUUUCCGCUCCACCACCUGGUCCCACAUCAGAGCACACAGCUUAAACACGGUGAAGCACAGCUCCCUGGCCGAGCCGGUGUCCCCUGGCCCGCAGCAGCAGCCACAAGACCCCCCCGGAUUUCCCCCCUUCGGCGAGUCGCUCAACGGAGGACUGGACGACCGGUGCCCCGCCGAACCCUCUUUGGCCCAUUGGAACCGGUCCACUUGGACUCUUCGGAACCACUUGCUGCUUGGCCAAGGCGGUGACAAACCCCACUUGGGGUUGACCCCGUCAGAAGACGAGGACUGUCCUGUUCCGGGUGACCUUCCAGAUGCUUCCAUGGUCUCCGCGUCCAAUAGAAACAGUCCUUCCUUUGCACUAAAGGACUUGUCAGGAAAACUCAUGAAAGGUAUUGAACAGGAUGCAGUGACCAUUUUUACCAAAUAUAUUUCUCCCGAUGCUGCUAAACCAAUACCCGUGACGGAGCUGAUGAGAAAUGACAUUGUGGCCAAGAUCUGCGGGGAGGACGGACAGGUGGACCCCAACUGCUUCGUCAUGGCACAGUCCGUGGUGUUUAACGCCAUGGAGCAAGAGCACUUUAGCGAAUUCCUGCGAAGCCAUCACUUCUGCAAAUACCAGAUCGAGGUGCUGACCAGCGGGACGGUCUACCUGGCCGAUAUCCUCUUCUGUGAAUCGGCCCUUUUUUACUUCUCAGAG